AUGCUGCUGCUGUGCUGCCUUUCAUUGCUGCUGGGAGCAGUAGCGGGAAGAGAAGUGUGCUACGACAGACUGGGCUGCUUCACUGAUGAUGCCCCGUAUGGAGGAACUGUGGAAAGACCCCUGAAAGUGCUCCCCUGGUCUCCAAGAGCGGUCAACACCCGCUUCCUCCUGUACACGAAUGAGAACCCCAACAAGUACAAAAUUCAAAUCACUGCAGAUGCAUCAAGUAUCAGGAACUCUAACUUCAAAACAAACAGAAAAACCCAUUUUGUUAUCCAUGGCUUCACAGACAGUGGAGAAGACCCCUGGCUGUCCAAUAUCUGCAAGAACAUGUUCCAGGUGGAGAGCGCGAACUGCAUCUGUGUGGACUGGAAAGGCGGCUCCCGCACCACGUACACCCAGGCCACUCAGAACGUCCAAGUUGUAGGAGCAGAAAUUGCCUAUUUGGUUAAGACCCUUCAGUCUGGAUUUGGAUACUCACCCUCUGAGGUCCAUCUCAUUGGUCACAGCCUGGGUUCCCAUAUUGCUGGUGAGGCUGGAAAGAGAAUGAAUGGGGCCAUCGGCCGAAUCACAGGGCUGGACCCAGCUGAACCUUAUUUUCAGAACACACCUGAAGUGAUCCGACUGGACCCCAGUGAUGCCCAAUUUGUGGAUGUAAUUCACACUGACUCUGCCCCCAUGAUCCCUAACAUGGGAUUAGGAAUGAGCCAAACUGUGGGUCAUCUAGAUUUCUUUCCAAAUGGAGGAAAAGAAAUGCCUGGAUGUCAGAAGAAUUCUCUCUCUCAGAUUGUUGACAUCGAUGGAAUUUGGUCAGGAACCCGUGACUUUGUGGCCUGUAACCACUUGAGAAGCUACAAGUACUAUGCUGAUAGCAUUGUCAACCCCACUGGUUUUGCUGGGUUCUCAUGUGCCUCUUACAAUGAUUUCACUGCAAACAAGUGCUUCCCCUGUGCAAGUGGAGGGUGCCCACAGAUGGGUCAUUACGCUGACAGGUUUCCUGGGAAAACAAAUGGAGUCGGCCGGAAAUUUUAUCUGAACACCGGCGAUGCCAGUAAUUUUUCUCGUUGGAGGUACCAGGUAUCUGUUACACUGUCUGGACAGAGGGUUACAGGACAUGUGCUGGUUUCUUUGUUCGGAAACAGAGGAAACUCUAAGCAGUAUGAAAUUUUCAAGGGCUCCCUCCAAUCUGGAAAGACUCAAAUCAAUGACAUUGAUUCUGACGUGGAUGUUGGAGAUCUGCAAAAGGUUAAAUUUAUUUGGUACAACAAUGUGAUCAACCCAACCCUACCCAAAGUGGGAGCAUCCCGCAUCACAGUGAAAAGGAAUGAUGGAAGAGUAUUCAACUUCUGCAGUUCACAGACCGUGCGGGAGGAUGUACUGCUCACACUUAACUCAUGUUAG